CGGAAGGUGGAUAUGAAGCCAGAAGUUUGUGGGAUGUCUGGCUAGAAAUUAGUCUUGUUGAGUUCAGCAGGGCUUCCUCCCAGAUAAAUGGAUUUAGGAUUGCAGCUUUAGAGAACGAGAGUACACCAGAGAAUUAUGGAUCUGAGGACAAGAAACACAGGCAAAAAUGGGAAGUAGAUAUCCCAAAGAAAGUAUGGUGGAAAGGAAAGAAUGGGUAGAGGAGAUGGUGAGGAUACAGAUGUGUGUUUCUUGGGAAGCAGAGUAAAGAAAUGAGGAGGCCUGAAUUUCCAGUGUGAUCCAAUGUUCCAUGAGUCUUCACAUCAACCCCUGCUGGUUAGUGACAUUUGUGGGGGAACUGGACAUGGCUCUGUUCAGAUGCAUGCCUCAAAACGUGUGCAUGUACUGUUGGUGAAAAGGGUGUAAUAAAGUAAUGAUGGCAUUAUUUAGAAUAAACUAAUUAGAAUGAAAUGUGUCCAUAAAUGGCAUUAGGCUCCCACUUGUACCUUCUAUUAUGAAACAUGCUCCUGAGAAACAGCCCCCUCCAUGCUUUUUCUGUCCAAAUUACAGCAUUGCCUAUACUGGAUCUGGGAUGGAACCGUUAGGCUUCCAGAUGAGCUAUUUACUGUGGAAUCACCAUGCCCCAAUCACACACACACACACCAGGAUGUGGCAAAUAAUGCCAUGAUUCAUAUGUAAUCCUUCUGCAUCUCUUCAUUACAGGGCAGUUUUGUUCCUUGCUGACUGCUGAUUUGUCCCUAUCUAUACAUAUACAUGUACAUAUUCACUGAUUCUCUGUGCCUGAAGCAGUUUAGUCAUGCUGGCCACAUAACCCAGAAAGCUGUCUGUGGACAGACGCCGGCUCCCUCAACCUGAAGACUUAAUCGUCCAGGGGUACUUUACCUUUACCUUAUCCAAAAAAUCAAGGCACAUGCAGCUUCAAAUCCACAUUCAACUCCCAUGUGAAUGAGCCCAUAAUCACCCCAGAUUCCUCCCAGACCAGAACACAAAUGGUUGAAAGUAUAAAAAGAUAUUUCUUUAAGGAAUGUAACAUUCAGGACAAGUAGUCUUAAUAUUCAGAACUCUUUAGUGGCGGCUUCCUUAUCUAAAGUAACUUUCUUAAGUUUCAGAACAGCUAGGCUCUUUCAAAGGCUCUAACUGUUCUCCCUGAUCUCACUCUCCCUUGUCCCUUCCUGUCCCUGUUGCAGGCACAAUUGCCACUCACUGUCAUUUUCCAACAGAGACUCUACCAGCCGUUCUCCCCAACUUUUCAUUCCACUCCCCUAACGACAAUGAUUCUCCUACUAGCUCUCCCCUGAUCCAUAUUUUAGAAGCCUUCCGUCUAUUACCACUUACAAAGAUUUAAAAAUAAAAGGAGGGCUUUCCAAAAGUGCAUGCAGGCGACACUGCAGAACUAAAAAGAGCAUCCCCAUUUCAAAAGGGUUGUAACUCAGUGACAGAGCACGUGCUUUUACAGGUUCAACUCUUUGGGUCUCCAGAUACGGCGGGGGGGACGACUCCCUGCCUGAAACCCUGGAAAGUCACUGCCUGUCACUGCUGACAAUAUUCCUAGAUGCAAAACCAGAGCUGAGAAGCUAUAGGGCUUUUCAGAGUCACAGAUGCAAUGUGACUACACUAAAUUCAUUUCUUUGGUGACAUGAGAGACUCCAGCACAUGCUGAUCAUUCAUGUAAUCAGAUGUUCAAGUAAAUGUGAAUGUUAUUCGCAUGAGGUCAUGAGAUUUACAUGGUGGGCACACAACAAGCUUGGCUAACACGUUCCAUAUGCCAGAGCAGCAAAACAGACAAAAUGUGCAGGGGCUUCUUAUCCCUUACACAUAAGAUCAUACCCUGAUCUUAUGUAGAAUUAAUUAAGAAUGUUUAUUUCCCCUCUUCAUCUUGGUGGUGUCAGUGCUCAGUCAGGCAUGAAUCUGUUAUCCCAAACCUCUUUUCCUACAGAAUGUUAAACACUGCUUUGGAUUUCCCAAAUAUAAUCCAGAGAAUUAUUGGCUUGUGUGCAUCAGAUUUAACAGGAAUAAUGGCUCAUGGAUUCCUCUAAGUUUUGUUUCAGGAUACUUGGAACAAUUCCUUUAGCUAGUCUUAAAAGGAGCGCUGUAUGAAUGAUCUUGAGUUUCCAGACAUGCUUUAUUUCCCUAGCUUCUUCUUCUUCUUCUUCUUCUUCUUGUUGCUGCUGCUGCUGCUGCUGUUGCUGUUUCUCAAUUAUUUUCAGUUCUAUGCAAUGCUAUUUUUCUAGAAAAAGAGGUGCUGGAGCUCACUUGUUCUCUUAGAAUGGCAGCGAUGCCCACCUGGCUUACCUGAGAGGUGCCAGAGCUAAGAUCUGGUGGGCUCCAAUUGGAAAAAAAGAAAAGAAAAAAGCCCUGGGUCUAUGUAACAGGUAUUGAAUUUUUUUAAAAAUAGAUGUUGUGCUUCUGUAUACUUUGGGACCCUCACCUUAAACCUCCCUCAUGUGCUUGGAUGGUAUUGUUGUUGAUACCUAAGAAGCCAUACUUGAAUUUUUAUAUUAGUUUGCCUUCAGCUAAGUCCUACUCAGUGCAGAGUCAUUGAAAUGAAUGAGCCUAAGUCAGUCAUGUCCAUUCAUGGCAAUGUCUGUAGUCUGAGUAGGAUAAGUGUGGAAUACCACCCACUGGAUAUUGCUAUUAUAAUGCCGCCGCCAGCGUAACAAGAUGCUUUUCGUACUCCCUAACCACUUGAAAUAGCCGGAAGCACAGCCAGAGCUUCCUGCUAUAUGUUGCUGAAAGCAGUGAAAGGUUACAUUUUCUCAGUUGCACAUUAUUCAAAACAACAGCCUCCGUGGCACUAGAAGGGAAGGGAGGCAUGGGGAUGUUUUUAUGAAUAAAAUAAAUAAAAAUAAGGUGAUCUUAAAAGCCAUAUGUUGGCGUGGUUGUAUUUUAGAAUGUGUCCACUAACCAGGCAGCUAGAGAGUGCAUUAUAAUGCAUAUCAUGAAUAAUUGUAGAAUUCAUUAAGCUUCUCUCAAUUGUAAUUAAAGCAUAUUUUUUACCCGUCACCAGCACUUUUUUCAGGGGGUACUGAAGGGUAUGCAGUUACCAGCACCUCUUUUUUUCAUUGUUAAAAAGUGUGGCACUUACUGUAACAACUUCAUUAUGAGUAAGGUAAAGGUAAAGGAACCCCUGACCAUUAGGCCCAGUCGUGGCUGACUCUGGGGUUGAGAUGCUCAUCUCGCUUUAUUGGCCGAGGGAGCCGGCGUACAGCUUCCGGGUCAUGUGGCCAGCAUGACUAAGCUGCUUCUGGCGAACCAGAGCAGCACACAGAAAUGCCAUUUACCUUCCCACCAGAGCGGUACCUAUUUAUCUACUUGCACUUUGACAUGCUUUCGAACUGCUAGGUUGGCAGGAGCAGGGACCGAGCAACGGGAGCUCACCCCGUGGCGGGGAAUCGAACCGCCGCCCUUCUGAUCGGCACCUAUUUUUCUAGCAAAAAAAAGCACUGCCUGUCACCAUGCAAGGAAAGCUCACUGCAAGGAAUCAAGUGAGCUAGACAAAGAUGCUAGAAAACUAUUACAGUAGCAACAGCCAGGGCCACUUCUACCGUUGGGCAGAGUGGGAUAACUGUCUCAGGCGUCAGAUGCUGAUGACAUUACCCAUUUUAUUAGUAUUAUUUUUUAGUAUUCUGUUCAUUUUGUAAUUAGGAUCCUCAUUUGUUUUGCUAGUUAUUCACUCAAUUAGCAUUCGUUUCAUUAUUCAUUUCUUGCCUUUUUUAUUACUCAAAUUACUUUUCUUUCCUUUAGCAGUUUUUUUCUCUCAGUGGCAGCAGCAAGACUAGCUUCUGUAGCUGUUCCUGGUGACUGCCAAUCCUUCCCCCAGAUUGCUCUAGAAUGGUAUUUUGGGUUUUUUUUUUUAAAGGGUGGCCACUGGAAAUGGCCACAGAUGAGACAGGUAAGCUUCCCAGACCGACCCAACCUUGAAUGAUACAAAUAAGGUAUGUCACAUUUGUUCUACUCUGCUUUUGUUUCAGAAUGAGUGAAAAUGGAAAUGAAAUGAGCCUGAUUUGGUUCGAUUUUAACUUCAUUCCAAAAUAAAUGAAUGACUGGGUGGACGUUAGAGUGUAAGCGAUAUAUGGAGUGCCUAGAUUUAAGUGAAUGAUUGUGCAGACUUUGGGUUUGCACUAAGCGAAUAGAUGGGUUUGUUUACUGGCAAUCUGUUCAGGUGAGUACACCAGCAAACAUGGACAAGCUUCUCCCACUAUUAAAGAUACCAUGGCUCCAAAACCAGUUAUGACCUCAACUCAAACAUAAGAAGAAAAUUCAGUUUGAGCUCUGGGUCAGUUUGAGUUCUCAACCCUAUAGGGACUGUUAUAAUAGAAAUCAAGAUAGAAAAAAUAAGAAAGAAAGAAAGAAAGAAAGAAAGAAAGAAAGAAAGAAAGAAAGAAGUUUGUUUGCUUGUUUCCUUACUCUGCAUGUUCCCACUCAAUCGUGUCAAUCUGCAGAUGUGACACUGUUACUUGUGCCACAUAGUACACGUUCUGCAUUGGCCUUUUAAUGUGGCAUCACCUACACGUUAGAACUCCUGGUCUGCUGCCAUCAGGCAGGCAUCUUCGCCAUACUUUUCAAGUGCUUGCUUAAAACAUUUUUGUUGAGGAAAGCCUAUCCAGACAUGCAGAUGUUGACCUGUUUUAGUCUUCUUUUUUUAGUCUAUUGUUAACUUUAAUUAUAUUUUAAAUGUGUUUAACUGACUGUUUUAUUGGUCAUUUAAAUAGUUCUUGUAAACUGCCUGGAGGGCUUAAAAAAAUAAAAAUUAAUAAUAAUAAUAAUAAUAAUUUGAUAAAUUAAUUAAUUAUCGGCCCAGUAUUGUGGAACACUUUUCCACUUUGCAGCAGUCUUCUUUAAUAGUAAUAUUUAAAUGUUUGCUGAAAACUUUUCUAUGCUACUAUGCAGGUGAUUUGUGAUAUGUGUGUGUGUGUGUGUGUAUCCAAAUGAUGACCCACUGGAAUGGCCACAAAUUAUUUUGUGUUUUUAUAUUGGGAUUUUAUGUUGUGAAGCACUUUGAGACCUGCGGGUAUAGGGCGGUAUACAAAUGAAAUAUUAUGAUGAUGAUGAUGAUGAUGAUGAUUACCAGGCUGCUGAAACCAUUAUCUGCCACUGGACGAGCAUGCUGAGAAGAUGAUAGAGUUAACCCCUUACUUAUUUUUGAUAAGACGCUGAUCCUCCUUCCUGAAAUCUGCUACUAUUGCUGUUGCUUUGGAGAGGGGUGCUUCCUACUCCAAAUUCCGCUGCCCCUUCUCAUGAUCUGUGCUUCUGCUGAAAAUCCAAAGUGUCAUUCACUAGCAUCAGGCUCUGGUUCCACAUGGGGUAGAUGACCAAAGGACAAAGGGGAUGACUAGUGUGUAGGAUGCAUGCCAGUAGACUCAGCACUUGCUCUCACUGUCUAAUGGGUGAAUAGGAUGCUGACAUUAGAACUCACAUCACCUCUUCCUCUAUUUUUCAGCAGCCAGUCAGGGGCUAUAUGAUGAUUUGGUAGUACAGAGAGAAAUUGUAUAUCAUUCUAAUUUCAUGUAGGAAGCAAAAGCAUUCAAUACAUCUUGUGUAUGUACAUUCUAGGAAAAUGCAUAAACAGAGAAGAAAUUGGCUGGCUUAAUUCUGAACAGGGGAGCCAAACUCUAUAGACUUUUCACAGUGGUUCCAUGUACUGAAAUGAGCGUUUCAAGAAACAGAGCCAAAUUGGAGUUUUCGUUCCCUGCGACUCUAGUUUAGAGAAUAGAAUCCCUCAAUAUGCUGUGCAAUUUCAAAUUCACAAAUGUUUUCUUGUUACACUCUCACAGAACAAUUUAUUUGGAUGCGGCUUAGCGGAAAGUGAGUGGGUGCAAAUCAGGAUGCAACCGUUGUUGUUUCCCUCCCCCCCCCUUCACACUCGUACAUGAAUAAAUGACUACAAAACAAAAUGAUUUUGUAGAAGCAACAUCCUCAGUCUUUAAUGGUUUCAUCUGCAUUAAGCUAAUCUGUCUAAUCGUCAAGCCACAAUUCAGCAGAGAGGUGAGC